AUGUGCCUGGCCAGAGUGCCUCUAGUUGAUAGGCCGCCCCCUGUCCGACUAGUCGACACUCCACUGCCGUCCAAGCAAGGUUGCACAGAGCAGCAGCUAGCGCUUCAGAUUAACCAUACCACGGAAGGUUUGUGUCCCGCAAGGACAAAGGCAUCGCCGCGUGUUUUGGGUAACGCAGACAACCCAGACCCAUACCGCGCUCAAGACGACCGUGCUAUUGCACUGCUGGUGCCGAGGAAGAUGGUUGGAAAUCCCCAGAGUCCUGGAGAUCAUCGACCAGGCGACAGAGCCCUGGGAAUGCAUCUUACAACAAUCGGCUCUGGCAUUCAGGAGCCCAUCACUCUCCGUCACCACUUCACAAAAUCCUCAGACGCCCACAUUCCAGCCACCAGGCACAACAGCCUGGACCCCUCACCGACCGGUGGGUUCCGUGUGGUGCCGCUCGUUGCUGCACAAUCUCUUUCUCAAUACGUGUGCCCCAUCGACCAAAACACUCCAUUCCGGUGGCUGUUCCCAAAACCAGACUUCUUGUGCAACACACCAAGUCAAACCGUGGCCAAUGCCAGCCUAAGAGACGAUCUGAUUUGCAUUCUUCGCUCCGGCGCGAGACACGAAAGUCGGCCCCUCGCAGAGCACGAGCCUGCAAGGCACAGACCAUUCUGCGCAGAGCCCCAGCAGCAAGAAGACUCCGACUUUUCAAUGCCUUCCUUCAGACCGUUCAAGAAGGGCAAGAAGCCCGCCGAGGAGAAACCACAGAUCGACCUGGCAACCGUUUUGCCGAGUAACGAUGACUUCAGAACGAGUUUGCUCAUGUCGGGGCUCUCGGCGCGGUUUUCGAUGCUACGGGAACAAGACGACCCAAACACCAAGAUUGGCAAAGCCAGCGACGACAGCGUGUUGUUCUCAAAUAGGCAAUCGAGGUUAGAUUUCGGUCUUUCAAGCGGGCUUGGUGACAUUGCCGAGGUCGAGUCAAUCAAGCCUCCGUAUGCUAGGAACGACUCUUUCCAUUCCGACGAUGCCGACUCUUUGGCCGGCGGGAGUAUCAUGGGGCGCUCAAAGCCGACAGAAGGCAACAAUCUUUUUGGCGGACGACAGAAGAUUUAUAAGAUUCCAGCAGGCGCGAAUGCUUCGAAGACCGACGGUGGCAUGCCUGGAAGAGCUCUAUACGACGACGAUGUUGCGAUGUCUGCCUUCCAAAAGUGGCGCAUGCAGGAAAGGGAGAGGAAGUCAAUAGACGGCGAGAGCGACGAAAAUGCGGACGAGCCAGCAAAUGAUUACAAUGGAGAUGGCGCGCGACCAGCGUCGCCCGGCCUCGCGGGUUACAACAAGAACCGGGACACCUCUUCAACCACGUCAUCUAUCCCGUCCAUGGCCAGGAACUCCACGGCGGCAACCUCAAUCAUGUCUAGUCAACGGACCCCAUCCUUCAAGGAGGGCCAGAACAGCUUGUCACUAAACACCUCCACGUCGACACCUGCGACAGAGAGGAAUGUUGCGCGGACAAGACGUUUGUAUGAGCAGGCAUUGAACCAGGAUUUGCAGGAGAACCAGUCCUCGGCUCUCUCGAGAUUUGAAUCCCUCAGCAAACAACGCGGACUGGGCAGCCGAACACCGGACCUUGCUCCAGGCAUCAGCCCUUCGCCUACACUUUCUGCCUUUUCUGAUCGGUUCGGCGGACGGAGCGUAUUGGCAAAGGCCAGUGCACCAAACUUGCGCUCCAUGAGCCCCCCUGCGACGGCCUCGACAGUGGGCACCCCCGACCUCAACAACCGAGUAUCUGGUGCUUCAGAGAGCCGCUCCUUAUUUGGUGGCGGCGCGCCGCCGCUGAGCCCCCCUAUCAGCGAGUCUGGGGAUGCCUCGGUCCUUGCAAUUCAGCCCAAUGACCGCGGCAAAGCGACGGCGAUGGGUGUCUUUCAGAAGCCGUCCCAGCCUUAUGACGAGUCUCGUUUUGCCCAGAGACAAGUGCAGCUUCAGCAGGGUCGCGAAACCCCAACAUUGACGCGGGACAGAACCAAUUCAAAUGCGUCUCGUGGGACCUCCAGAUCGACCUCGGCACAGCGGCCACCGCUAGAGAGCAAGGCGAGCUCCUCUGCCAUCAGCCAGAUGCCAUUACAUGAAGAGCAGUCCACAUUCUUUGUCGAUGAUGGCGCUUCUGAAUACUCGGUCAAGUCACCAGAGACCGACUCUGCCCCGACGCUGACUCGUCGUCCUUCUGACCGCCAGCACCCUGCCUUGCGCGAGUCGACUUCGCCAGUUCCGCUCACGUUCAGCGAAUCGCAGUCGGCUGAGCAGGCAGCAGCGGACAAAUUGGUAGUUCCAGGCGAAAAGGCGGAACCGCUCGAUUCUCCGACUCUGCCCGGAGCAGGACUCAGCGGCAUGGUGCGGCAGCAUUUGAGAGCUGCCAGCAACGCCUCUUCUGUCUAUGACACGGCUCCAGGCAUGGCAGAAUCUGAUGCCGAGGGCGAUUCCUACUCUGCAUCGCGGGAGCAUGACGGCCAAUGGACGGAUGACUUCUCCAGAGAGGAUUAUGGGCACCUGCCCAUUGAUGCUGAUCGUUCCUUCUUGACAGGCACUGAUCUUGACGAUGCGGCCACAGACAGCCUUCCCAGGGAGUCGCUUGAGAGAGACGAGUUUGCCACACAACUUGCUGAUGGCGCUCGCCGGAUUCGUGAGAGGCUCACCAUGUACGCCGACAGCGACAGCCGAUCGACCUCGCCUCAUCACCAAGGAGAGCCCAAAACUUCGAUAGACGCUGGACCUGCGCCCAGAGCUACUGGCCUCGGCAUUCUGCGGUCUCGCGAGAGCCGCGGCUCCAUGCGGGACAGAGGUCGCGAUGAGUCGCAGUCCAAGGCCAUGCGCAUGCUAGGACUUGGCAGCAGAGGCUCAUCCCCUGCUGGCAACAAGUACUCUCUGGAUGCCAGCCCCCCUCUCCAGGGUGUGAGACAGACCGAAGAGCCAGAUGAGCCCAGACCGAGUCAGGAUUCGGCCAAGCCUGCCUCCAAAGAGGAGCAUGCGGGGAUCCGCGCUUUCCGUCAGGCGCGGCGGGAGCUGCAGCGGAUGAAGGAACUCGAGGCACAGGGUCGCCGUCAGGCACCCAGUCAGGAGUCGCAUGGCUCCCCGGAUCGGGAUGCUCAAGAUAAAGGACCGCAGGACGUUGGAGCCCGUCAGUCACCUCCAAGCCGUGAUCGUAGGCCCCCACCAAUGGCGCUGUCUCAGCGGAUGCCAAGUGGGGAAGCUUACCAUCCCGGAUCCAACCCAGGAUCUAGAUCUGCCUCGCGAAAUGACAGGGACAGGAGCGGAUCAGACUCGAGCCAGGGCUAUCGCUCCCAGAGCCGGCAGGGCAGAUUCAGGAAUGAUUCUGACGCCGAUCGCAACCUUCCACCUCGACUGGACAUCCAACCUCGCCCACAAGGCCGCCUCCCCGUGGGGCUGCCAACAAGCCCUCACCCGAUGAGGCGGUCACCAAUGAUGUCGCCACAGCCGCACCCAGGCUCCCCAGCCAGAACACCGCAGCCGAACUACGCCGGGCCCGGCGGUUUGCAGCCUCCUAACGGGCGUGCAUAUGAUGCGGGCCAGCCCUCCCCAAUUUCUCCCAUGCCAUCUCCAUUUCUCUCUGGGGCACCGAAAUCCCCCAAUGGCUUGCCUGCACGUCCGUCUGAGCCUCAGGGAUACCCAGAGGGGAAGAUGCAGAGAGUUAGACCACGAGGGCCUUCAGAGGCGGCCAUGAUGCAGCCUGCGUCGCACGACUUGCGGGACCGAAACCGCACCGGCGGGCCACGAAUGAAUGGCAACAGCCCUUCCCAUGCUCCCCCUCUGCCACCCAUCAACCCUCGGCGGCGGCAAGAGACAUCGAGGACGCGGACAAUGUAUGACUCGUCUCCGGACAGGCAGGGCGAAAGCCAGCAUGGCCCGCCGAGCAGUGCGAGCACACCAAAUCUGCUGAAGCAUGCUGAGGGUCGAAGGGGCCCCCAAAACUUCACCCCACCGGACUUUUCCUCGCGGCCCCGUGACAACACGCCCCCAUUCAAUGUCGGCCCUCCCGCUUCGAGGAUGGUCGUUGCCCCGUCCAGAAACCCAAGCUCUGGACACCCCGGCGGCAUGAUCUGAAGGAAUGCACAUUGAUUGUGCACUUCGCGGUCAACAUAAGGUGCUGCAUAGCGGCUCUCGCAUCCUUUUUUUUUUAUUACUCUCUUUCCAUGUUUUCAGUUCAGAGUUGGUGGCGUUCAUCUCUAUAUCUUGGGACACGGCAUAAUCGGGGACACUUUUAUGAGCACUUGACGAUACCUUGGAAGUUUUUUGUUUGACGUCAGGCAUAUAUAUACACAUGGGUACACUCGCGCGCGCACACCACAAAUCGAGCAAUCAGGGGUUUAUGUAGACCAGCUACUGUUUUGUCGCCUACUUAGGUACUUUUAGCCGGCUUGAUGCCGUGGACUGUUUGUUCCAAUUUUAAAAAAACUUGAACCAGAA